AUGAAGCUCGCAAGCUUCCUCCGUUUGCCCGUGCUACUGGCAUCAGUACUCGCGCCAAUCCCCAUCGCCGCAGAGCAUACAAGCAACUGGGCAGUUCUAGUUUCCACCUCCCGAUUCUGGUUCAACUACCGCCAUCUAGCCAAUGUGCUCUCCCUCUACCGAACUGUCAAGCGGUUAGGAAUCCCAGACUCACAAAUCAUCCUCAUGCUGCCUGACGACAUGGCAUGCAACCCGCGCAACGCCUUCCCGGGAACCGUAUACAGUAACGCGGACCGCGCCGUGGAUUUAUAUGGAGACAAUAUCGAGGUUGAUUAUAGGGGAUAUGAAGUUACGGUGGAGAAUUUUAUAAGGCUGUUGACGGAUCGCGUGGGCGAAGAGAUGCCGCGGAGUAAGAGGCUGUUGACGGAUGAUCGGAGUAAUAUUCUGGUGUAUAUGACGGGGCAUGGGGGGAACGAGUUUUUGAAGUUUCAGGAUGCCGAGGAGAUUAGUGCGUUUGAUUUGGCGGAUGCUUUUGAGCAGAUGUGGGAGAAGAAGAGAUAUCAUGAGCUUCUAUUUAUGAUUGAUACGUGCCAGGCGAAUACUAUGUAUAGCAAGUUCUACUCCCCGAAUAUAAUCGCCACGGGCUCCUCCGAAAUUGAUCAAUCCUCCUACUCCCACCACGCAGACAACGACGUUGGAGUGGCUGUUAUUGAUCGGUACACAUACUACAACCUGGAUUUCCUAGAGACACAAGUGCGGGAACCAAGCAGCAAGAUGACACUCGGGGAUCUCUUCGACAGCUACGAUGAAUCUAAAAUCCACUCGCAUCCAGGCGUUAGAUGGGAUCUAUUCCCCGGUGACGAGCAAGGAGGCCGGGAACGAUUGGUUAUGGAUUUCUUUGGGAACGUGCAAAACGUCGAGGUGGAUAAUGCUGGAGGGAAUGAUACGGAGUGGAGGGAGGACCUAUUACAAUUGGGUAAGAAGAUUGCGGAAUUGCGAGAAAGAGCUGAAGCACAAGACGCUGCUGUGAAGAACAACACUGUCCCGGAAUCUAAAGGAGGAACUCAUCCCUCACGCAAAAUCAGAGCUGCAAAAGUGGAGAUAGAUGAGACAUGGUGGGGGAAGAAAGCUGUUGGUGCAUUGGCCUUGGGUGGUUGCGCUAUUGUUUGGUUAGCCGGGACUUAUCAGGAUUCUACGUAG